AUGAAGGACAUGCAACUCAAAAUUAAUUUUCUACUUGGCCUAGUUAUCACUGCACUGGUACAAGCUGUAGAAAAAAAAGCAGACUGCCCAGAGUCAUGUAUAUGUGAGAUCAGACCAUGGUUCACUCCCAGGUCUGUGUAUAUGGAGGCUCCAACAGUAGACUGCAAUGAUUUAGGCCUUUUUAAUUUUCCAGCCAGACUGCCUGCCAACACACAGGUUCUACUUCUACAGACUAAUAAUAUUGCAAAAAUUGAACAUUCAGUAGACUUCCCAGUGAAUUUAACUGGUCUAGAUUUAUCUCAGAACAAUUUAUCCUCAGUGACCAGUAUUAAUCUUAUAAAGGUACCACAGUUGCUUUCAGUGUACCUUGAAGAAAACAAACUUACUGAACUCCCUGAAGAAUGUCUCUCUGGACUCCAAAAUUUACAAGAGCUUUAUAUUAAUCAUAACCUGCUUUCUGUGAUUGCACCGGGAGCUUUCAUAGGCCUCAAUAAUCUUCUCAGACUUCAUCUCAAUUCAAAUGGUCUGCAGAUGAUCAACAGGAAGUGGUUUGAAGCUACUCCUAAUCUUGAAAUUCUCAUGAUUGGAGAAAACCCAAUAAUCAGAAUUGAAGAUAUGAACUUUAAACCUCUUAUCAAUCUGCGCAGCCUAGUUUUAGCAGGCAUAAAUCUCACUGAAAUACCAGACAAUGCUUUGGUUGGCCUUGACAAUUUAGAAAGCAUCUCCUUUUACGACAACAGAUUUGUUAGAGUGCCCCACGUUGCUCUUCAAAAGGCUACAAAUCUUAAAUUUCUGGAUCUAAAUAAGAACCCCAUUAACAGAAUACGACGAGGAGAUUUUAGCAAUAUGCUGCACCUAAAAGAGUUAGGAAUUAAUAACAUGCCUGAACUCAUUUCUAUAGAUAGUCUUGCUGUUGAUAAUUUGCCAGAUUUAAGAAAAAUAGAAGCUACCAAUAACCCCAGAUUAUCAUACAUUCAUCCAAAUGCAUUCUACAGACUUCCCAAGCUGGAAUCGCUGAUGCUCAACAGCAACGCGCUGAGUGCCCUGUACCGCAGUACAAUAGAAUCCUUGCCUAACCUCAAAGAAGUCAGUAUACACAGCAAUCCCAUUAGAUGCGAUUGUGUCAUCCGCUGGAUUAACAUGAAUAAAACAAACAUUCGCUUCAUGGAGCCAGAGUCCCUGUUUUGUGUAGACCCUCCUGAAUUCCAAGGCCAGAAUGUGAGACAGAUACACUUCCGGGAAAUGAUGGAAAUCUGUCUCCCCCUGAUAGCUCCUGAAAGUUUUCCAUCUACUCUGGAUUUAAAAACUGGCAGCCAUAUUUCCUUACACUGCAGAGCAACAGCAGAACCAGAACCUGAAAUCUACUGGAUAACACCAUCAGGACACAAACUUUUGCCUAAUACUAUUUCUAAUAAAUACUACAUUCAUUCUGAAGGAACAUUAGACAUAAGUGAUGUUACACAAAAAGAAAGUGGCUUAUACACGUGUAUAGCAACAAAUUUAGUUGGGGCAGACCUAAAGUCAGUUAUGAUUAAAGUGGAUGGCUCUUUUCCUCAGGACAGCAAUGGAUCCUUGAAUAUUAAAAUAAAAGAUAUAAAAUCUAAUUCUGUCUUGGUUUCAUGGAAAACAAGUUCUAAAAUUCUGAAAUCCAGUGUUAGAUGGACAGCCUUUCUGAAAGCUGAAAACUCUCAGGCUGCACAGAGCGCUCGAAUACCAUCUGAUAUAAAGGUCUAUAAUCUUACGCAUCUAAAUCCAUCAACUGAAUACAAAAUUUGUAUAGAUAUUCCCACUAUCUAUUCACAGAACAAGAAACAAUGUGUCAACGUAACCACAAAAGGACUGGACGUGGCAACGAAAGGCUACGAAAAGAGCAACUUAAUAGGAUUCCUUGCCUGCCUUGGUGCUCUUUUGGGAAUCAUCUCUGUGAUAUAUCUCUACAGUUGCAUCUCACGAGAGAUGAACUAUGACGUUGGACACAGCUAUCUAAAGAAUUAUCUGAAGAAACAAUCCUUUUCACUCAACGAGCUUUAUCCUCCUCUAAUCAGUCUUUGGGACAUGGGCAAAGAAAAAAGCACAGCAAUGGAAGUAAAAGCAACUGUAAUAGGUGUACCAACCAAUAUGUCAUAA